CGGAUGGUACUUUCUAUUGGGAGAAGGUCAAAUGACUCCGCAUGUCUACCCGUGUGUACAUUCCCGCGAUGGUGCACGCCUGAUGAAGAAACACCUCCAACACUAACUACCGCGUGUCCCAAAAUGUUCGCGAGCGUCUGAAGAGGCUCCUCCAUGUCCGUCUGAAAGUUUGAAAAGUCAACAUCAAACCGCGACCUACCAGAGCCUCUGAGCAGGAGAGAGAAGACGCUGCCAAGAUGUUCAGCACCAAGAGACUGAAGCAGAAGUCACAGUCCGUCGAUAUUGCCACUCAAGGUUUUUCUCCGACCCUGGUGCCAGCCUCACCCCCCAACAAGGCUUCACCAACUGUUGCCAAGGCAACAGCCGUCCUGGCCGUGCAGGAGAACAACACCAACAACUCCCAGCGCCGCAGCCCCCGGUGUGGGGAGCUGAAGAGGGGCUACACCAUAGAUACCGGCCAGAAGAAGACUCCAGAGAAGAAGGAUGGGAGGCGCAUGUCGUUCCAGAGACCCAAAGGGUCCAUUGAAUAUUCUGUGGAAUCGCGGGACACGUUGAACAGCAUUUCGCUCAAGUUUGACACCACACCCAACGAACUGGUCCAGCUGAACAAGCUGUUCUCCAGAGCAGUGGUGCCUGGCCAGGUUCUGUACGUUCCUGAUCCCGAGUACGUCUCCAGUGUCGGAAGCUCCCCCUCCCUCAGUCCCAUCAGCCCCCUGUCUCCCACCUCCUCAGAAGCUGAUUUAGAGAAAGUGACGGAUUCCGAUGGCCCCCCCAGACCAGAUGCCGCUCACCCUCCCGUGUUCUCCGCCCUUCGCCAGUCCAGAGGGGUGUCAUCCACCUCCGAGGAGGAAGAGGCCCUCACAGAGAAGUUCCUCAAGAUCAACUGCAAGUACAUCACUGGUGCAAUGGGUGCGGUGAGCGGGGUGUUGCUGGUGACACCCAACAACAUCAUGUUCGACCCCCACCGGAUGGACCCCCUGGUUCAGGCCCACGGGUGCGAGGAGUACGGCAUCAUGUGUCCUCUGGAGGAAGUGCAGUCUGUCGCCGUCUGCAAGGAGAUCACCGACCGCAAGAUCAGAGAGGCUGUGCCUGAUGACCUGGAGCCCCUCCCCACUGAGAGACACCCCUCCCAGAAGGAGCCGGAACAGCGACUCAGGGAGCCGGGGGCCAGCGACAGCACGGCCCCCCGCAGCACCGAGGGCUCCUUCUCCGAGGACGUCUUCACCGAGUCGGAGCUGUCCCCCAUCCGUGAGGAGGAGCAGGCGUCUAACGAGGACCUCCGCCUGGACAAGUCCUCAGGCGCCUCCACCGAGUCCGUGCAAACCGUCACCCAGGUGGGGGCCGCCACUGCCGGGUCCCAGUCCCCAGGCAGCGCCCGCGGCUCCGUCAGUCUGCCGGAGACCCCCGCAGAGGACAAUCCACCAGACACUGCCCCAAAAAGCCAGUCCCCCAUGGGAUCCAAGCAGCACAGUGUAGAGAAGCCACCAAGCACACCCCCCACCACCACCACCACCAGCAGCCGCAGCAGCAGCACUAGCCAGGCCCCCGGCCCCAGCAGCAGCACCUCUCGCCCAGGGUCCCAAAGCUCAGCCACCCCCGGUGCCACAGACACCGCCUCUGUCUCAGCCAGUCCACAGAGGGAAGCCAACGAGGGGACAGACGUCUCCAAAACAGACACUAAGCAAGACAAGGAGGAGAAGGUGGAAGGAGAGGAGACACAAAAUGAAGCCACGCAGAACUCUGCAGAGGGUACAGGGUCUGCAGAGAGAAGGAAGCACCCCACUCACAAGUUCCUGUGUCUGCGGGUGGGGAAGCCCAUGAAGAAGACGUUUGUUUCCAACGCCAGCGCCUCCAUGCAGCAGUACGCCCAGCAGGGCAAGAAGCACGAGUACUGGUUCGCUGUGCCGCAGGAGAGGUCAGAACACCUGUAUGUGUUCUUCAUGCAGUGGAGCCCGGACAUGUAUGGUGAGGGGGUCAGGGGGAUGGGACAGGAGCCUGGGUUUAGGGUUGUCAAGAAGAAUGAAGUGACAGAAACAGAUGUGGACGAGCCCAUCACCGACCUCAAUGUCAAGGAGUGGGAGGUAGUGUCUCUGACGGAGUACCACCGUCGGAUCGAUGCUCUAAACAGUGACGAUCUGCGCUCGCUCUGCAAACGACUCCAGAUCACCACCAAGGAGGAGGUGAACUGCAAGCAGGGCACAUCCAUCAAGUCGGAGCUGGAGCCAGAAACGUUCAAACCCAACCUCAGAGAAGCCAGCGAUCUCCUGGAGGCCGACCAGAUAGAGAAGCUCGCCAGGAAUCUCCCACCACGGACCAUUGGGUACCCAUGGACGCUGGCCUUUGGCACAUCAAAGCAUGGCAUGAGCAUCAAGUCUCUGUACAGAGCCAUGCAGGGCCAGGACACCCCCGUGCUCAUGGUGAUUAAGGACAGCGACGGCCAGGUGUUUGGUGCGUUGGCGUCUGAGCCCUUUAAAGUCAGCGAUGGCUUCUAUGGCACCGGGGAGACCUUCCUCUUCACCUUCAAUCCAGAGUUUGAGGUGUUCAAAUGGACAGGAGACAACAUGUUCUUCAUGAAAGGAGAUAUGGACUCUUUAUCUUUUGGUGGAGGAAGCGGCGAGUUCGGCCUGUGGCUGGACGGAGACCUGUACCACGGCAGGAGCCACUCCUGUAAAACAUUUGGGAACCCCAUGCUGUCGAAGAAGGAGGAUUUCUAUGUUCAGGACAUAGAGAUCUGGGCUUUUGAAUAACAGUGCACCACAGGGAGAAAAAAAACAAGUCCUGCAACAGGGCAAAGCGAGGAGCCCCUCCUCCUUUAGAACAAUGGCCCCCAACCUGACUGCACAUCACCGGGCUCCGCAGGAGGCCAGCUGCCAGAUGCUUGUUGUGCGUUACUACUGCAGUUAUUACGGAGCUUCUUUUUCUUUGUGAAAAAUGACCUUUGUGUGUAUCUUGUUACAGCCUUGUGCGGCGUCUUUGCAGAGUAGGGGGAGUGUGUGAGUGAGGGAGAGGAGAGAGCCUUUAGGAGCAUUAGAACUCCUCUCCACCUGAAGGUGUUGGCGUUUGGACCGGGAAAAGGACCGCCCUACUCCAGAUCGUGUGUCCGUCACAGAACCUCAAGGAGCCCCCUGACCCCCCCCCCCCACCCCUAGAACUUUUGUCAGUAGGAUGUUACUCACUGUGCUGUCUCCACGGACAGAGACCCAGGUAGGCAGACAGAAGCUGAACACAUUCCAUUACUCCUGGUGAUGGUAGUGUCGCAUUUAAAUAAAAAAUUAAAACUCAUCAGCAGCAGGAUAUGAUGACACUUAGCUCAGAGAGGAUUUGCUGUGUAAGGGGGGGUGUUAGUCUUUUUUCCAGUACAGUUUUGGGUUGUCUUCUGAGGCUCAACUAUAGAGUAUUGUGUAUUGUAGUCCUCCUGUCGUUCACUGUCAUCGCACACCAUCUGAAGCACAUAGCUAUACUCAGAUCACCCCUCGUUGUGCUGUUCUGUUCAGUGGGUGUACGUGUGAGUCCAGCUAACGGCUGUACUGUUCGUAGACGGUAACGUAUUGCAAUAGAUUUGUGGAAUAUGCAAAAUAACUGUCCUGUGACCUCAAGUACCCGCGGGGUGGGGGGGGGGAGGCACGGCACUUUAGCCGCGGCCCGUCGCUCUUUCACGAGAGAAACCUGUAGAGAUUUGACGUCUUGAUACACGAUCGCUUUUCCGGGGGGGGGGGGGGGUGUCAUUUGAAAAGCCUGCGACGUGGUUAACUGUUUUACAUGCAUAUAUGACAAUUAUAUAUUGGUAUAUAUGAUUAUAUAGGGAUUUAUAUAAUCAUAUAUAUUUUGCUGUUAAGUGUGACAGUGAUCUACUUGUGCUGAUAUUUCAGCUGUUACAAUAUUAUGUAUAUUACCCUGUAAAUUAAUGUUCAAAUAGUAGUUUUGUUCCUAUAUAUAUAUAUAUAUAUAUUUAUAUAUAUAUAUAUAUAAAUACAUAAUGCUAUAUAAAUAUAUAUAUAUAUAUAAUAAAGUGUGGAUUGGUGGGUUGCUUCUAGCACUUUAAUCAGGUGUAAAGCGUCAGGCCAGGUUCCUAUAUUCUCUUAGCAGUAGCUGUACAGUACUUUUUUUGUUUAGAUCAUUAAGAUGUUAACUGUUAGUAGAAGCUUGCUGCUACCAAUAUCAAUAAGGGUAUGCCCUAACGCUCUGUGUGUCUAAUGAGGAGGAUUACUCUGAGGCAGGAAGGGGGGGUGGAAGGUUGGUUCUCUGCUGUUGGCUGUCAGGUCGGUGGGUGGAGGUAGGUAUGCAGGCAGGGUGAGGGGGGGUGUGUACAGGACGUAUCCCUCCGCCGAGGAGCCUUCUCCCCCCUUCCUGGUCUUCCACACCAGUAUUUGUGUCCUUGUGGAGUCACAAAGAAUAAAAUGGAUAAUUAUUCCGAUUAUUUCACCAGAUUACAAUGUAUCAGUGAUGUAUAAAUAACAAUAAAGCUGAAUUAAUUGUUGUAA